CCUUCCAGCCCGGAGAAGGAGGUGGAGAGGGAUGUGUUCCUGUUCCGAGCCUACAUCGCCCAGAGGAAAUAUGGAGUUGUCCUGGAUGAGAUCAAAGGUAAUGCCAGUCCUGAGCUACAAGCAGUGAGGAUGUUUGCAGAGUAUCUGUCAAAUGAGAGCCAGAGGGAUGCAAUUGUGGCUGAUCUGGAGAAGAAGAUGGGCAAGAGUGUGGAUGUAGCCAACCUGCUCAUGGCUGCUUCCAUCUACUGCCAUGACAAGAACUUUGAUGCUGCUCUGCGCACUCUGCACCAGGGGGAGAGCCUGAGCCUGGAAUGCAUGGCCAUGAUGAUCCAGAUCCUCCUGAAGCUCGACAGGCUCGAUCUGGCCAGGAAGGAGCUGAAGAAGAUGCAGGAGCAGGAUGAGGAUGCAACUCUGACUCAGCUGGCAACUGCCUGGGUGAACCUGGCUGUAGGUGGGGAGAAGCUACAAGAUGCUUACUACAUCUUCCAAGAGAUGGCAGACAAAUGCUCCUCCACCCUCCUGCUGCUGAACGGCCAAGCAGCCUGUUACAUGGCCCAGGGCAAGUGGGAUGAUGCAGAGGGAGUGCUCCAGGAGGCUCUGGAUAAGGACAGUGGCCACCCUGAGACCCUCCUCAACCUUGUUGUCCUCUCGCAGCACUUGGGGAAAGCUCCAGAGGUCACCAAUCGCUACCUGUCACAGCUGAAAGAUGCUCACAAGAAUCAUCCCUUCAUUAAGGAGUAUCAGGCAAAGGAGAAUGACUUUGACAGACUGACCCUGCAGUAUGCACCCAGUGCCUGA